GGGCAGCGACGCGGCCGGCCAUCGGAGGGGGACGGGGGCGGGGAAGAGAAGAGUUCUGGGCUUUUCCAUCCGUCCCGGUUCUCGCGGGGCGGCUGUCGCCUCCCCUUUCGCCCCCUUCCCGAGAGGUGAUGGCUUCCAAAGUCCUUCGGGCCAUCAUCCUGGGCCCCCCGGGCUCAGGCAAAGGGACCGUGUGCCAGAGGAUCGCCGACAGUUUUGGGCUCCAGCAUCUCUCCAGCGGCCACUUCCUUCGGGAGAACAUCCGGACAGACACGGAAGUGGGCAUUCUGGCCAAGCAGUACAUGCAGCAAGGUCUCUUGGUUCCCGAUCAUGUGAUAACACGGCUAAUGAUAAUGGAACUGGAGUCUAGACGGGUCCAGCCAUGGCUGCUCGAUGGCUUUCCUCGGACGUUAACACAGGCUGAAGCCCUGGACCAAAUCUGUCAGCCGGACCUCGUGAUCAGCUUGAACAUUCCAUUUGAAACGCUCAAAGACCGCCUCAGCCGGCGGUGGAUUCAUCCUUCCAGCGGGAGGGUCUACAACCAGGAAUUCAACCCCCCUCAAGUACAGGGAGUUGAUGACGUCACUGGUGAGCCUUUGAUCCAACAAGAAGAUGAUAAACCCGAGGCUGUUGCUGCCAAGCUGAGACAGUACAAGGAGGUUGCAAAGCCUGUUAUAGAAUUAUACAAGACCCGGGGUAUCCUCCACUCCUUCUCCGGGACGGAGACCAACAAAAUCUGGCCGUAUGUUUACUCGCUGUUUUCCAACAAGAUGGCGUCUGUUGGAGUGAAGACGGCCUGACGGGCCUGUAGCAUGGAAGAAUGGGAGGACGUGCUUGUUCAUUAAAUUGAGCGUCCUCUGCCCAUGCCUGGGAGGAGAUUCUCUGCUAGUGUUUCUGCUAGUGUUUCUGCAAAGGACCCCUCCCCCCAUGGAGCCCUGCAUGCUGAUGGGAAGAGGAGCUGAUCUCAGAGCUUCUGUUGGCGAAGCUGAAAUGCAUCAUCUACUCAGUGAAGCGUUCCUUGACAUCUCAGCCACACCCCUUUCAUUUGGUGUCUUAGCAUCACUGAACUGGAGAUUCUAUACAUUAAAAAAAUGACCCACUCAGCUUC